GAUUUGCAUUCAAACGAUCAAUACUACCGAUUAGUUCGAGUCGCAGAAAAAUCCGCGUAAUUUCCCAUUGUUUAAAAUAUAAUAUUGUAAAAAUAUUAUUAAAACUAUCAGCAAUGACUGUCUUAACAAAACCGAGCGCUGUUAUCAAAAAGCCGGAGAUAAAUGAAGUGCCACUUGUGGAUAAAACGAUUUACGAUGAGGAAAAGAUCGAGAUCCAGCAACAUGCAGAAUGGCAAGCAAAGUAUUCAACCCGUGUGCUCAUAUACUUGGUAAUGGUACUUCUGGCCCUCCUGUGUCUCUCCGUUGGACUGACGCUGUGCCGCGAGAUGGGGAAGCCGAACACCGUCCGCCGCUACCAGGGCUUUUGCUCCAUACCGAUCCUGGAUGACCAAAUGAUGGAACCGCGUUUCCGCACGCUGCCCCUACGCUGGAAGACCGACGACGUUCAGAUGGUGAGCGCAGACGAGCGCGACGGUCUCGCCGAGGCGUUACGCGAGGAACUCGACAUCGGCGACACGGUCGAGAAGAUAUCCGUCGUCAACAACGGCCACAACGUCAACUUUAUCCACAACUUCAAGGACAACACCACCGGCAUCGUCGACUCGGAGCGCUGUUUCGUGAUGGAGCUGUCGCCGGAGGUGGUGCUGUCGCCGGAGCUGUUUAUCUCGGGGCUGACGAGCGGUGCGCAGUUCGAUGUGUCGCGCGUGCGCAGUUCGCUCCGCGCCGCGCUGCCCGCGCUGGCCGAGCUGCACCGCGCGGCCUCCGAGCUGGCCGAGCAGUGCGCCUCGCGCCCCGUCUACCGCCUGCACCGCGACGACGCCAUCCGCAAACGUUCAGUGGAAGAUCCUGCUCAUGACUACAUCCAGUUCUCCGGCAAACACGUACAGGAGAUCAAGAUCAACAACCUGCAGGAAAUACUCGACUACGAGAAGAAGAUGAAAGCCUAAACACCAUCCGUGUAGGCAAAGGAUUGAAGAGGUUACUAUUAUAUUGCAAAACCAUAUGCCAUAUACUUUUUAAAUGUGCCACCUUAUAAUUAAUAUCUCUCCGAAUUCAGUGGCACGAUAAAAAAAAAAGAAAAAAAAAAAACUAUUAUAAAUGUUAUUUGACCCUAAUGUUGAAGUCCUACCAAUAGUAUUUUCCUAUGUAGGUUAUAGGCAUUUAUGGUAUGAAGUAGAAUAAUAAUUAUAUAAGUCGUCCGCUGUGAAAUAUUGGUAGUAUUUAUUUUUACCAAAGAAAUUGCAGAGAAAUUGAUUUUGGAUUGAAAUUUUUGAUCGUUAAGGUAUAUAAUAAGAAUAUAUAUACUAACUCCAAAAUCGUAUUAUUCCUAAGUCCACUGAUAUCAAUGUAUAAAUGUUUAGAUAUAGUCGUGAUAAAUGUCUACUAAAUGUCUACAACAUUUAAUCCUAAUUAUAUUCCACUAUAUUACUUAAUCAAGUUUUUACACUGAUUUUAAGAUUAAUUUUUUUUUAAUGGUAAGCAUGAAGCUUUGGGAGCUGUAGUACAACAACUGGUAGUUGGAUUUAGACUGACAGCCGUCAAACUUUAUUGUUAAUCCACCUACUCACUAACUUUACAUUAAAACAUGAAUUUUUAACUAUAAAACGCGUUUGAAAAGUGGAUAUUUAGUGUCGAUAAGCAAAAUAUAUUGAAUUCGCUUUUAUAUUUACAGUGUAAUUACAAUCAUAAAAUACAAUUUCACUGUAAAAGUUUAUGACAUGUACAAUUGAUCUCAAACUACCCACUGAUGUUAGUCAAAGAUAUAUAACACAAGAUUAUUGGUUGAAAAUAAACUAAUCUCGUUGCUUUUCUAUUUGUGCAAGCUACAGAGCUAUAAUAUUUAUUUUAAUACUCGUAUCUAUUAAUAUAAAUAAAUUUAUGGUUCCUAA